AUGCAGUCUAACACUAAAUUCCCUAUAUUAAGCCUAAAAAGAUUACGUCAGCGUAACCUACGAUUGACCUGCCAUUACACCACAUUUUACAGAAGGUAUAAACGUAACUAUGCGCAGUUACUUGCGUCGAUGUCAACAGAGGCUGUCACACCUGCUGUCCUUCCUGUUGAAGUCGAGUCGUCUUCAGUGAACACUGAUACCAUGACCGUUGAAACCGAGGUAGUGUCAUCGCCACCUUGCAGCAGCCUAACACCUUAUAACAGACAAAAGAAGACUUACGUUGUCUUAACAAAACCUGGUGUCAAUGAAUACUUCCUAGCCGCGAAAAGGUGGAUGCUGACGGAUAAUGUGUGCCUUUAUCCGAGCAGUGUAACAGAAUGUGAAGUCGAAGCAUGUGUAAACCCUGCAGUGAAUUGGCUCAUUGUUCCCUGUCAGAUAGUAGUCGAGAAAGACUCUUUUCUAGAAGCCAAGGAUAUUUUGUCGGUUAUACAGAGAAUGAAAAGUAUUAUGGACAGGUCAGGUAAUUUCGGGGAGCCCUUGUCGCUGACCAAUUCCAAACGUCAACGAAUGGUGAAAAAGGAUUACUCCUCUUACGUUAAUGACUGCGCUAAACUAGAAUCAGUGGAGGCGCACAAAGUGUGUGGGUCAUAUGGAUGCCCUGACUCAAAUAUCAGAGGGACUGUGAUAUCACCCAUAGCCAGGUGCACUUCCAGUCCACAAAUGCCAGUGGCUACGUCGUCACGAGUCACACAGCCAAUUCUUCAGACUACGUAUGUAAUUUUGAAUUACCGGUUACUUUGCAGUAUUACGGAUUCUUCUAACAAAUUGGUUACCGAGUUACAGUCCCUCAAAGAAGAAGUGCAGUCCCUAAGAGGAGAAAUGCAGUCCCUAAUUGAAAUGGUGAUGCAGUUGAUUUCACUUACUAGGUCCAGCAACGUGUCCCUCUUGGAAACCAGUAGGUCCUCUAUUGACAAUAGUCAACUGGAAUUCCCUUUGGCGACCGAAAAAGAGUUAAACCAACUGGAAACGUCACUGAAAACUCCAGAAUUCAAGGAUUCAUUCAUGACGAAAAUGGUAGACAGUCUGUCAUUAAGUCCGCAGUCUUCGUUGAAAAAAAUGCUUAAUUACAUUUGGGAGCCUAAGUUGUCAAUUCGCUUCACAGCAUAUGGUACAUCAACAAAGUUAGCCCUCACAAAAUGCAGAUUCUAUAAAGUCAUAAUGUCCGUCAUUAUUAGCAAGUUCGUUUCUGCCACAAUGUCCGAGGAAGAAUUGCAGAAGACUUUGAAAGCUUGCACUAAGGCCUACUUCCAUGAUGUACGUGAUCGCGUAGCAAAAAGGGGAAGCCGGCGAAGAGUUGCUGUAGACAAUAAGAAGAGUAACCAGAGGCUCGCUGACGAUACUUCAAUGCUGCAUCCACUUGGUGAUGGAGGGCAGGUGUAAUGCGGAAUUCACACAUCAUGUUUGUAUUGUGUAUAUAUAUUGUAUAUAACUCUAAGUGUUCAUUAAUUGUAAAUAAUUAAUUUUGCAGAAUCAUUGUUAAAUUUUUUCGAUUCCCUAUUAAACAACUGGAAUAUAUAUAUGCAUGAAUUAAUCCCAGCGUGUUCACCAAAAAAAAACAAGAAUUUCCUGAACGUUUCACUGUAUAAACCACAGCUUCCUCAACAGAAUUAUUCGGA